GACAGAUAUCGCUGGAUAACAGAGGGGAUGCGCCGAGGAACUUAAAGCUUUAACAUUAUUGUGAAAUAAAACUCCUGGUGGCUCAGAAAUCGAUUAUGAGACAAAUGCCCACUAAGUAGAGGAGAAGCAGGAUCCGACAUUCAGUACAAGACUCGUCUUGAAACUUGCAGGACUAUUAAAGUCACUUUCACCUCCUGACAGACUGUAACAUCCCAUCAUGCCAUUGAUUGUGGUCCCUACUUCCCAGUUGUUCAGGAUGCGAGUAGCUGCCCUGUUAUUCACCUGUGUGGCAUUCAGCGCCGCUGCACAUGGAGCUCAUCUGCCCAUCACAGUCAUGGCUGACUGGUGCAUCUUCUGCUGGGCGUUCAGCUUCGCUUGCACUCUGCUGGUCCUGCUGGUAGAGUUGUUCGGCCUCCAGGCCCGGGUGCCAGUGUCCUGGUCCAACUUCCCCAUCACUGUCGCCUGCUAUGCUACACUCCUCUGCCUUUCAGCAUCCAUCAUCUUCCCAGUCUUCUUCCUUAGACACCAACAGGCCAGUGAAACCCGUGACCAUCGCAUAGUUUCCACAGUCUUCUCCUGCCUGGCAGCGGUUGCCUACAUGGGGGAGGUGAGCCUGUCUAAAGCAAGGCCAGGAGAGGUGGCAGGUUACAUGGCUACAGCUCCAGGCUUGCUGAAAGUGUGCCAGACCUUUUUGGCCUGUAUUAUCUUCAUCCUGAUCAGCAGCCCAGUGACAUACGACCAUCAUCCAGCUUUGACGUGGUGCAUGGCAGUGUACUGCAUCUGCUUCAUCCUCUCCAUGGCUGUGGUGGUGCUGUGUGUGGGAGAGUGGACCGGCUGUCUCCCCAUCCCAUUCUCCAAGUUCCUUUUGGCAUAUGGGCUCCUGGCAGUUAUCAUGUAUUUGUCCGCCACCAUCCUCUGGCCUGUGUUCCAGUUUAACUACAGGAGAAACGAUGACCCAGAUACAAUCGCUGCAUCUGUAAUCACUGCCAUCAAUUUCCUGCUUUAUUUUGCUGACCUAGUCUACAGUGCCAGAUUAGUGUUUGUAAGUGGCUGAGAAGUGGAGAGAUGUAGCGCUA